AUGCUGGUGGAGGAGGUGAUCCUCAUCCUCAUCCUUCCCCUCUCCCACAUCCCCUCUCCCACAUUCCCUCUCCCACAUCCACACUCCCACAUUCCCUCUCCCACAUCCCCUCUCCCACAUUCCCUCUCCCACAUCCCCUCUCCCACAUCUCCUCUCCCACAUUCCCUCUCCCACAUCCCCUCUCCCACAUCCCCUCUCCCACAUCCCCUCUCCCACAUUCCCUCUCCCACAUCCCCUCUCCCACAUCCCCUCUCCCACAUCCCCUCUCCCACAUCCCCUCUCCCACAUCCCCCUCCCACAUCCCCUCUCCCACAUCCCCUCUCCGACAUCCCUUCUCCCACAUUCCCUCUCCCUCAUCCCUUCUCCCACAUCCCCUCUCCCACAUCCCUUCUCCCACAUUCCCUCUCCCACAUCCCUUCUCCCACAUCCCUUCUCCCUCAUCCCCUCUCCCUCAGCAGCAGCAGGCUUGUGAGACGGAGUGAAGUGGUACAAGCUUUGCUGUCCUGCACGCGUCGUCCAUUAUGGAAGAGUGAAGAUGGAGGCUCAUUGUGGACGGGGUAA